AUGUCUGCGUUAUCAUCAGUCCCGUGUCAGACGAGGCGGACCAGGACCGUGUGUAUCAGAGACACCCGCAAUCGCCCUGUCAAGCUGCCCAGGGGCGAUGUGUUGAUCCAUGCAGGAGAUCUCACAGAUCAGGGGAGCUACUCGGAUUCCAGGGCAGUUCAAUGGCUAGAGAAGGCAGUCUUUGAAGCCAAGCUCACGUUUCAGAUAACGAAACUACUGUACGAUAUCACGUUGGAUUAUGACUUCUAUUCUCAGCGCGGAUCCAGCUUCCACAACCAGGACCCUCAGGACCCCGCCAAAUGUCUGGCGCUGUUUACCUCGAUUCACCGUCUUCGGUUCCCCUAUAGACCUAAACACGGCACGUGGGCCUCUCUGUACCCUCGGAGCCAAAGUGCAAUAGAGCUGUGGGCUGCUGUUCAUCUGGAUGCUGACAUUUUGGUCACCCAUACGCCACCUUACGGACAUUGUGAUGAUUCUCAUGGCUGCAGAGCUCUACGAGAGACGCUCGGCAGAGUACGGCGCUGGCUUCAUGUUUGCGGCCACAUCCACGAAGCCAGAGGUGCCCAACGCUUGAGAUGGGAUACCGACGGUCUCAGCAUCGGAGACCAAGUCGCCGACUGUCUCCUGGUCGACUUGACUGCGCGUUGUGGAAGUCAUCCACUCGACUUCCAUGAUGCAGCGCCAUACCCCCUCGGAACGGACUGCAAAAGACGCGGGCAGCCAAACACAACUAUACGUGCCGGCCGCCGGGAAACGUGCGUCGUCAACAGUACAACCCUCGCCACUGGACAGCCGCACACAGGAGGGAAGCGGUUCAACAAGCCGAUCGUGGUCGAAAUUGAUUUACCCAUAUGGAAUUGA